AUGACAAUCUUAUUUGCAGCUGCAAAUCCGCAUGCCCCAGCAUUUCUCGAAGCAGCGCUCAUCCGUGAGUUUGGCAGUGCCAUGGCUCUGGCCAGUUGUACUUCACAGAUUCGCACUGCCCGGGCCGUCACUGAAGAGAUCGGUGAAGGGAGGGCAAGACAAUCCGGGAUUCUAAGUUGGUCCCAAAUUCCUUUGGAUCAUUCUGAAAGGGGUGUGCACCAAGUCAUUUCCAAGCAAGGGAGUGCAUUGGAUGUCCCUGUCAGUGAUAUGACGGUCCAGGGCCAAACAGUUCCAUGGAUAUCGCCAAAGGAUUGGUUUCAGUUUAUCCUGCGUCAGGGUGUUUGGCAUCAUCUAGCUGGAGUCAGGGCGGAUGAAAUGCAUUUGGCAGGGCCGCUGUGGAAAACAUUUUGGUCGAAUUAUCAAAAGCUUUAUCCACACUUUGAGUUGUUUUCGAAACCUGGGGUGGACUAUAGUCGCACAGUUGCUUGCUACCUACACGGUGACGAGGGUCGAACUCUCAAGAAGUCUGGCUUAAUGGUGACCUCUAUCCAAUCUGCCUUGGGAUACGGGCUCAGCCCCAAAAGACAAAAACUCUCUGCGGAUGGUUUGCCAACGCCUCUGGUGAACUACGCAGGCCACACCUUUUGUUCCAGACUGGUAUCUUUUGUUAUUCCCAAGUCGUUGUACGAAAGCAACAAUGCAGUUUUUCAUGAUGCUAUGGAGGUUUUGGCAAAAGAACUUCGGGAACUUUAUGAUCAUGGAGUGGUGAACCCUUAUACUGGAGAGCGGUUUUGGGUAGCAAUCAUCGGCCUGAAGGGUGACCUACCUUAUCUAGCAAAAGCUGGAGGGUUGAACCGUACCUUCAACACUGCCACAAAGCGAACUGCAAAGGAUCCAGCAAAGAGAAAAAAACCAAGUGGUAUUUGCCAUUUGUGUUUGGCAGGAACUGACGGCUUUCCUGCAGAAGAGAUCGCUACAAGGUCACCAGCAUGGAUACGUACUCAAAAUGUGAAGCUUCCCUGGGAUAAAACACCAGUCUUGCUGAAACACCUGCCUCACGAUACCAAUGACUUAGCAUCUUUCUUUCAGAUAGAUCUAUGGCAUACGGUUCACCUUGGAUUUGGACGAUCGUACAUAGCUUCAACUGUCCAACUAGCACUGGAAUGUGUACCAUGUAGCAACCUGGAAGAGAAAUGGAAGUGGCUCACCUGUCAUUACCAUACAUGGUGCCGUCGUGAAAAAAAACAAAGACAUGUGUCAAAAAUUUCGCCAACUCUGGUCAGUUACAAUGACCGGGCAGGAGCAAUGGGAGCCUGGCACAAAGGGGCACUUACAACGAAUUUUUUCAAAUGGAUACCUUCCUUGAUUGAUACUUUGGCGCCUGAUGCGGCUGGUCGUUUGGUGCUUGCGAAGCGCGGCGUUGAGAAGCUGAAUCAAAUGUUUACGAUGCUUUAUGGCUCAACAUCCUUUCUCACGCGUGAAGAAAGUUUCUAUGUGGCUGACUGUGGCCUUGUUUUUUUGGACUCGUACGCGAGACUUGCAAGGUCUGCUUACGAUGCGGGGAUGCAACUUUUGUAUCCGCUGUAUCCCAAGCUACAUUACAUGCACCAUCUACUUUUGGAGAUUGAAUGGUCUGCCCGUGAGCACAACAUGGCAUUCAACGUAAUGACUUGUGGAUGCCAACAAGAUGAGGACUUGGUGGGAAGAGUCUCUAGACUUUCCAGACGCGUUUCGAUCAGAACUGUAAUGACCCGCACUUUGUCUCGAUAUUUAGCAGCGGCUCUCAUUGAAUGGAGGGAAGCUGGACUGCUUAGGUGA